CUCGCUCAGGGGGGAGUGGCCAAGUGUCGCACCAUUCUCAAUGCAAAGUGGCUUCUUCCUCUUACCACUGAAACACAUCAGCACUGUUUUUCUGGCAGGAUGUGGCUGAGGAGCUCGACUCAACUUGGAACGGCUCAUCUCGGGCCACACAUUUGAAACACGAGGAUAACUGUUCAAAGUCGUUUGGGGAUGUUUUGUUAGCGUAGCUUAGCUUUGGUGCUGUGAAGCCAGUGAGUGAAGCUUGGUUAUAAGGCUGUUUUGAGUAGUAGAGGAAAUGCCCACUGUCGGCAGGUAUAUCAGUUUCCGUACGUCAAGGCGGCUUAAAACACCCAGCAGCUACCCGGUGGACGCCAGUGGCGACGCGCUGCCAGCCAAAGUGAAGAAAAGCAGGAGCGGCUUCGGCAAUGGAAGCAUCAGGAAGGUGGAGAGCAGGAAGGCCUUGAGCCUGGAGGCUGCGCAGCUCGAGCUGCAGCACAAAACCAUCACCAGACAAGAGGCCGUCAGGUCGCAGAUGUUUGACGAGAACACCAUCGCAGGCUUUGAGAGGACGGAAGGCACCGGAACACAAACUAGUUUCACAAAGCACAACAAGACAUUCCACAAGUUAUUCCCAGACAUUCCGCAGAGUGAAGACCUGAUACACGCGUACAUCUGUGCCCUGCAGAAGGAAGUGCCCUACCAUGGAAGACUGUACAUCACCGACACCCAUGCCUGUUUUUACUCUUCCGUUUUGCUCAAAGACACGAAGGUGGUUAUUCCAGUUUCCUGCAUCCACUUCGUAAAGAAGCAGAACACGGCUUUACUGGUACCCAACGCCAUGUCUAUUCGCACCUCAGCAGGAGACAAGUACCUGUUUGUGUCGCUGCGUAACAGAGAAUCCUGUUAUAAGCUGCUGCGCUCAGUAUCUCCUCAGCUAGAGGAUGGCAGCACAACUAGUAGCCCCGUUUUCUCCUCUGCCGAAAACAGCUUCGAUAAGAUCAAACUUGUGAGCUCCAGCCUGUCCAGCCUGGACGACGGCUUCCACCAGUUCGAUGGCUCUCUGGAGUCCCAAUCUCCUCAGGACCAGCUUGUGCACAGACCACACCGAGAAUCUAAAGGGAUUGCAGCAACUUUCAGGAGCCUGCACAUGCAGGAGCAGAGUGAUAGCUCAUCCUCGGAGGAGCUGUCUGUAUCGGGUUCUCGCGGAUCGUGGGUUUGGAGUGUGACAGGAAAGGCCAAGUCCCUGCUGGUUCAGAGAGAGGCCAGCACCCUCAACACUCUACUCUUUAUGUACUUGAUUUUGGUGGUGCUGCUGCUGCUGUCAUCCGGCUACAUCGGUCUGCGCAUCGUGGCCCUGGAGCAGCAGCUGACCUCGUUAGGGGCGCUGUCUGAUUUCACUGUACAGAGCGGGUACCAAGACACAUAACACCUGUGAUUGGAGGAUUAUCUGGACCUCUUCUAGCCGAACGCAGUGCAACAAAAUUCAAUGUGCUCCCAGUACGCCGCGUGCUGUUGGCCGGAGGACAAAUGGACAACCUGUGCAAUUUCAGAGACCACUUGUUAACUUGAAGGGCUAUACACUUCCUCCUCGUGCAGUAAACCAGUGGACACGCCUCGACUUUGUCGCACGGAGCCGUGCUUAAUAAUGCACGCACACGCUGCCUGGCUGCAGCGCGUCCGUCGUCAGGAUCCAAAGCCCCACGGCUCUGACUCGGCGACGCAACACUUUAACCAAGUUUGACGGACACGUUCCUGGUGGACACCGUUCCACGUCUGAAGUCACGUGACCUUUCAGGCGCUUCUGCCCGUGCAUGCCGUCUGACCAGGGCUACACCGAUCCUCGUUGGCCUGCUGUAGGUCUCACAGCGGAGGCGCAGUGCUACGCAUUUACCAAAGAGGCGCCCGGUGCACGUCUUUUGCAUGGAGCGCAUGGAGAUGACGGAUUUUUCUAUCACUUAUUUAUACGUCCAGCCAUCAGCCAAAUCGCUCUCCCACAGUUGAGUACUUCUCUGUCAAGGCCCGAUGGUUUUCCGACUGUUUCAUCCUUUCGCUCCUUCUGUAAUCGGCGGUGAUCGCAGUGUUACUUCCCCCGUCUUUGGCGUGAUUUAAACUAAUGUAAUGAUCGAUGAUCACAGGGUCGUCAUUUCCACUGCACCCCAAACUGCGGAUGGACUUAUGAUGCACAAAUACUGAAUAAUCAUAAUAAUGGGACAUAAGGUUGUCUCAGAGGCAUCAAUGUGGGGGUUUUGUGAACAACUUUGGUCCUCAAGAGCAUAUUUACUAUCUGUCUGACAUUGUGUCAAUCAGUCUGACCAAGUUGUUUUCAAAUGACAAACCUUCCUUUUUAUCUCUUGAAGACCUAUUGGCUAUUUCUAAAAUUUUCAGGUUAUUUAAAGUAGCACAAAUAAUUUAUAUGUAAUGUUUAUGUAUUUGGUCUGUCGACCAAACUGUAUGUACGUGUUUUCUUGCCAGAAGAGGAGAUUUUGCAUCCACACUUGCUGUAAGGUCCAAGUUUUCAACAGCACAACAAGUGGUCCCGAUAAGAAAUUUCAAUAUGCAACAAAUUGUGAUGUAUGGCAAACUGUAUUUCAUCUCUUUUGUGCUCUUUUUUUUAAAAAUGGGGCUUGAUGGUUUUGUGUAAGAAGAGAAAUGUGAGUGGAAGUAACCGCUCAAUGGAGCGAGUGCACUUUAAGAAAUGUGUUGUGUCUGUCACAAUUCGAGACACGUUUGGAUUGAGGGGAAAUGGCAAAGCUGGCGUUCUGUGGUGUCUUGACGGUGCUACGACCUUCUUUUUAAUCGGUUUUCACUCAGGGGUGGUGGGCACGACCUUCCACGUGGGUUUAGGUCGUCAUCUUUUCCUUCCCUCAACCACAAAGUGCUCGUUUCACGUUUUAAUACAUCUGGGCUUUGGGGAUUUCUUAAAUGUACCUUUUUUUUGUUGAUAAAGAACACUAUUCGUUGAGAUUUACUUGACUUCUUUUUAAGUCCUAACCUGACAUAUCCACGCUACAGCUUAAUGGUUUAACAUCACCCUUGUUGUAGCAGUUUGCUCCCUUCUGUUGGAAGAGUCCUCCUCAUUUGUGCCAACCUGCCAUAUUCUGUUCUUUCAGUUGUUAUAAUCCCCCCACUAGGGAUCUACUGUCCUCCAUACAAGAAUCUCCACGAGGGCAGUUUGUGUGGUUUUGCACUAUUCAACGUGUUGUAAAUAGGUUUUAAUGAAGGUGGUCUCUGUGAGACGACUUUGCUAUUCAAAAUAAAUCAAGUCUUUGCAAAGUAAA